UGAUCCCACGCCCCUUUAUUGCCCACUGGGGAACUACGCUCUAGCAAGUAAAAAUUUUGACAUUGACGCGAAGUGAAGAUAGUUACAUGUUGCGAUCUUCCUUUUCAAUGCGCGCGCAACAGUAACAGAUGAAAUGUGGAGUCCGGUGGACAGCGGCGGAGCGGUGGAUGCGGGUACCGGCGGGACACGCACAGCGGCGGCGCCCUGCUCGCGAGGGAAGCACUCCGCCACGCUAGUGGGCUCGUACGUGUACAUCCUGGGCGGCCGCGGCGCCGGCGGCUCCGUACCACUCAGAGACUUCUGGAGAUUUCAUUUAGGCACCGGCAAUUGGGAGCGCUUGGAGACACAGGGCGAAGCUCCUCCCGCGCUGCAGGAACACACGGCUACGGCCCACGGGAGCAAACUGUACGUGUUCGGCGGAGAGGCCGGAUCCAUCUCCACGGAGACGCCGCUCUGGAUCUACGACACGGAGACGUCAUUAUGGCGAAAGUUGGUGGGCGCGACGGAAACUCUGCGCAGUCGCAACAUUCGCGAGCAAAAGAACGGCGCGAUCAGCCCGCGCGGCCGCCGCGGUCACUCGGCUCACGCGUUGAAAGACUGCCUGCUCAUUUACGGCGGGUAUAAGGACUUCAGAGGAUCCACGAACGAGCUAUGGGCUUUCCAUUACGAGACGGAGUGGUGGCAGCAGGUGCGGCAGGGCAACGCGGGCCCGGCGCGGCACCGGCACGCCGCGGCGCUGCACGACUCGCGCCUGUACGUGCACGGCGGGCAGCGCGACCUGCGCGACUGCGCCGACCUCUGGCACUACGACACGCUGUCGCGGAUGUGGACGCAAGUGCGGACGCCGGCCAAGACGUCGCCCGCCGCGCGCAGCGGCCACGCGGGGCUGCGCGCCGGCGCGCACUUCUACAUCUUCGGCGGCGAGGUCGACGGGCACCCCACCAACGAGCUGUGGCGGUUCCACUUCGCGACCGAGACGUGGGAGCGCGUGGCGCAGGGCCUGCAGUGGCCGCUGCCGCGCGUGGACUGCGCCGCGCUGCUGGUGCCGGGCGCCGGGGCCGCGCCGCGGCGGGAGCCCGCGCCGGCGCCGCGGCCCGAGCCGCCCGCCGGCUCCAUGCGCGAGCUCUCCAAGCUGCCGUCGUUCCGGCUGCGGCGCGCCGCGCGCUGCUCGUACAGCGUGCUGGGCGAGCGCGACUCCACCGAGAGCCUGCCGCGCGACGCGUCGCCGGCGCUGCCCAAGUCGCGCUCGUCCGCGGCGCUGGCGCGGCCGCCGCGCGCCGCGUCGCCGCGCGAGGCCGACGAGGCGGAGCGGCCGGCGCAGCCCGCGUCCGUGCCCGACUUCGCCGACGUGGCGCUGGCCUCGGACGAGGACGAGGGCCCGCGCCGCCCGCCCGUGCGCAAGUCGGCGUCGGUGCGCUUCACCGCCGACGACGAGGGCGAGCUGUCCACGUCGGACUACGCCAGCGCCGAGGCCGGCUUCGCCAACCCGCACUACCUGGGCCCCGACGUGCGCGGGCUGGGCGCGGCGCUCACGCCCGACUCGGGCGUGGCGCCCGGCGACAUCGAGCUGCAGGAGCUGCGCCGCCCGCGCCCCGCCCCCGCCCCCGCCCCCGCGCGGCUGCACCUGCUGCUGGUGGGCGGCAAGGACGCGGCGCACCCGCUGCUGCGGCGCCCGCUGUCGCUCUGGACCUACCGCCUGCUCUAGCCCCUCGUGCGGCCGACGACUAUGAAUUUCUAGACACGAUUUUACGGUAGAAUUUUACGAGGCUUUAGACGAGACUGUGACGUCCAUUUUGUAACGGGAGGCUGUCGCGUGGAGCGCCGAUUCCGGGAUUCGUGGGAAUUCUUGUAGGUCGAUACCUAGUUUCGGGAGGCAUUUGUUGAAUUUUUUUCUUAUAUUUUUAUUGUUACUUUUAUUUACGUUAUUAAUUAUUGAGUUUCACUUUUUUACGAUGUGCGAUUAUACAAAUACCGUUAAGAAACUCUUCCACCGUCGAUUAGUCGUAUAGGAGAAAGGAAAAGAAGGUAUACUCAAAUAACCGAUCUCCAGACGUGUUUACCUAACAGACGUAGCAUAGCGUAAUACUUAUUACGUACACGGCCGGCAGUAGCGCUAGUGCGAAGACCGAGAAACGUACGUAGUACUUUCGAUUAUACAACUCUGCGAACAUGAUGCGAUGUCGCGACAACUUUAUGACGCACGGACUGUGUUUCAGUAAGUUUACUUAUGAUUAAACACUACAAUGAUAAAAUAUAUCGGUAAUUUUCAGGUUAAUUUUCUCCAUUUAACUUUAGUGGCAAUUUCUAUUACGUAAAUAUUUAUAAUACGAAGUAUAUUGAUUAAUAUUGUCAUGAGGAAUUCGUUCACAUUUCUCCUGAAACGUGGCUUUUUGAGCUAUCACUCUACUACACGUUUGAUGAU